AUGCUGACUUGCUAUUUGACAGGUAUGAUGGAGGAUGGGAGGCUUGUGUUCGCUGCGUGGAGGAUAGGUUCCCUAAGGUUAUCGACUGGGCUGAAGUCGAUAAGGCCUUUCAGAUGGAUGGUCAUAUCCUCCCUAAGGAUCACCCUCGUGCUGUCGGCUGCAAGCUCCCUGACUAUAUUGUUGCAAACGUUCAUCCUAGCGAGCUCCCCAUUCCUCCUUUUGAGAACAAGGAUUAAUGGUUUUGGCGGCUAUCUCCUAGCUCUUCCUGUGGCUCUACAGAGACUUGUGCUUCGAUUUCUCCUGUAUGAGGUGUUGGUGUAG